AUGUCGCAGAAGUACCUUCACAUUAAUCAAGUUGAUCUUAACACUGAAGAUGUUAUGGGUAUUGUUGUGCACGCACUGUCGCCAAAAGACUUGUCGUCAAAGCCAAACACUAAAAAUCUGGUUAUCGUCAAUGCAGAGAAUAAACCUAUGAUUUUAACGUUAUGGAAUGAGUACGCAAAACAAGAAGGUGAACAGCUAGCAAAUACAGUUCCUACUGGGAAUAUUGUCAUUGCAACGAGAGUCAGGGUAACAACUUUUAAUCUUCUGUCGUUGACGACAACUUACGGCAGCAACAUAAUGAUUAAUCCUCCCAUGGCAGAAGCUGCUGCUCUAAAACAUUGGUGUAGGUUUACUUUGGGAAUUGAAGAUAACAGUGGCCUUAUACAAGCUGUCAUUAGUGGUCCAGAGGCAGAACAAUUACUUCCACUAACAGCAGCCCAGAUGAGCUUGAACAAAACCCAAAUUGAAACUGCCAUGGAGGUUGAAGCAAACUUCGAAGAAAAACAAAUCACUUGUUUCAUAAGACACUACAUUCCAGACUACCAAGGCAGCGAUGAGUCGGGUUAUGCUGUUGUUGUUGUUUAUAUCAAUGAAGACAACAUUGAACCUAUAAUGCCUAUGGAAGAAACAAACAUUUCUGCUCAUUCUCACACCCUUGGAAAACAGGUUUAA